CCCAGGAGCUGCCAGGCAACUUUUCUCCGUCCUCACCCCGGCGGGGGAGAAAAGCUCUCGGGACGGCUUCUGAAGAGUCCGGGUUCUGGAGUCCCUCUGCAAACCGAGAGCAGCUACCGUCCCCGGGCAGGCUCAGGAUGCGGCCAGGACGGACAGGGGGCGCGCCGUUGCUGGUGUUAGUGCUCAGUCAAGGCAUUUUAAAUUGUAUGGCAUACAAUGUUGGUCUCCUAGAAGCAAAGAUAUUUUCCGGUCCUUCAAGUGAGCAGUUUGGCUAUGCUGUGCAGCAGUUUAUAAAUUCAAAAGGCAACUGGUUACUGGUUGGUUCACCUUGGAGUGGUUUUCCUGAGAACCGAAUGGGAGACGUGUAUAAAUGUCCUGUUGAUCUGUCCACUGCUACAUGUGAAAAACUGAAUCUGCAAACUGCCACAAGCAUUCCCAAUGUUACCGAAAUGAAAACCAACAUGAGCCUUGGCUUGACACUCACAAGGAACGUAGGAACCGGAGGAUUUCUCACGUGUGGUCCCCUGUGGGCACAGCAAUGCGGAAGCCAGUAUUAUGCAACUGGUGUUUGUUCUGAUAUCAGUCCCAAUUUUCAGCUCUUGGCCAGCUUUGCACCUGCAGUUCAGACCUGCCCUUCCCUCAUAGAUGUUGUGGUUGUAUGUGAUGAGUCAAACAGUAUUUAUCCCUGGGAUGCAGUAAAGAAUUUUUUGGAAAAAUUUGUCCAAGGCCUGGAUAUAGGCCCCACAAAGACACAGGUGGGGUUAAUUCAGUAUGCCAACAUACCAAGAGUUGUAUUUAACCUGAACACUUUCAAAACCAAAGCUGCAAUGAUUGAAGCAACAUCCCGGACAUACCAAUUUGGUGGAGAUCUCACAAAUACAUUCAAAGCAAUUCAAUAUGCAAAAGAUUUUGCGUAUGCAGCAGCUGCUGGAGGACGGCCAGGUGCUACCAAAGUAAUGGUGGUUGUAACUGAUGGUGAAUCACAUGACGGUUCAAUGCUGAAGGCCGUGAUUGAUGAAUGCAACAAUGACAAUAUACUGAGGUUUGGCAUAGCGGUUCUUGGGUACUUAAACAGAAAUGCCCUUGACACCAAAAAUUUAAUAAAAGAAAUUAAAGCAAUUGCCAGUAUUCCAACAGAAAGAUAUUUUUUCAACGUGUCUGAUGAAGCAGCUCUACUAGAAAAGGCUGGGACACUAGGAGAACAAAUUUUUAGCAUUGAAGGUACUAUUCAAGGAGGGGACAAUUUCCAGAUGGAAAUGUCACAAGUGGGAUUCAGCGCAGAUUACUCUCCUCAAAAGGAUAUUCUGAUGCUGGGUGCAGUAGGAGCUUAUGGCUGGAGUGGUACCGUGGUCCAGCAGACAUCUCAUGGACAUAUGAUCUUUCCUAAACAAGCCUUUGACCAAAUUCUGCAAGAUAAAAAUCACAGUUCAUAUUUAGGUUACUCUGUGGCUGCGAUUUCUACCGGAAAAGAUGUUCACUUUGUUGCUGGUGCUCCUCGGGCAAAUUACACUGGCCAGAUAGUGCUAUACAGUGUUGACAAGAAUGGCAAUGUCACCGUUAUUCAGGCUCACCGAGGUGACCAGAUUGGCUCCUAUUUUGGUAGCGUGCUGUGUUCAGUUGAUGUGAAUAAAGACACCAUUACAGAUGUGCUCUUGGUGGGUGCACCGAUGUACAUGAAUGACUUAAAGAAAGAGGAAGGAAGAGUCUACCUGUUUACUAUCACACAGGGCGUUUUGAAUUGGCACCAAUUUCUUGAAGGCCCUAAGGGUGUUGAAAAUGCUCGGUUUGGUUCAGCAAUUGCAGCUCUUUCAGAUAUCAACAUGGAUGGUUUUAAUGAUGUAAUAGUUGGUUCACCUUUGGAAAAUCAGAACUCUGGAGCUGUGUACAUCUACAAUGGUCACGAGGGCACCAUUCGCAUGAAGUAUUCCCAGAAAAUCUUGGGAUCUGAUGGAGCCUUUAGGAGCCAUCUCCAGUACUUUGGGAGAUCUUUGGAUGGCUACAGUGAUUUAAAUGGGGAUUCCAUCACUGAUGUGUCCAUUGGUGCCUUUGGACAAGUGGUUCAGCUCUGGUCACAGAGUAUCGCUGAUGUAUCUGUGGAUGCUUCCUUCACGCCAGAAAAAAUUACUUUGGUCAACAAGAAUGCUGACAUAAAACUCAAACUCUGUUUCAGUGCAAAGUUUAGACCUACUAAGCAAAACAGUCAAGUGGCCAUUAUAUACAACAUCACAAUUGAUGCAGACCUAUAUGCAUCCAGAGUAACCUCCAGGGGGCUAUUUAAAGAAAAUAAUGAAAGAUGCCUGCAGAAGAAUAUGAUAGUAAGUCAAACACAGAGUUGCUCUGAGUACAUCAUCCACAUACAGAAGCCCUCUGAUGUUGUCAGCUCUUUGGAUCUGUGUGUCAACGUCAGUCUGGAAAACCCUGGCACCAGCCCUGCCCUCGAAGCCUACUCUGAGAAGGCCAAGGUCUUCAGUAUCCCUUUCUACAAGGAAUGUGGGGAUGAUGGAGUUUGCAUCUCUGAUCUAGUUCUAGAUGUCCAACAGCUGUCAGCUGCUCAAGAUCAACCCUUUAUUGUCAGCAACCAAAACAAAAGGUUAACAUUUUUAGUAACGCUGAAAAACAAAAGGGAAAGUGCCUACAACACUGGAAUUGUUGUUGAUUUUUCAGAAAACUUGUUUUUCGCUUCCUGGACCAUGCCGGUUGAUGGGACAGAAGUCGUAUGCCAGAUUGCUUCAUCUCAGAAGUCUGUUACCUGUGAUGUAGGCUACCCAGCUUUAAAGACAGAGCAACAGGUGACUUUCAUGAUUAACUUUGACUUCAAUCUUCAAAACCUUCAGAAUCAGGCAUCUGUCAGUUUCCAAGCCUUAAGCGAAAGCUCUGAAGAAAACAAGGCAGAUAAUUUGGUCAAUUUCAAAAUCCCUCUGCUGUAUGACGCCGAAAUUCACAUAACGAGAUCCACCAACAUAAAUUUUUAUGAAGUCUCCUCGGAUGGGAAUGUUCCUUCUGUCGUGCACAGUUUUGAAGAUAUUGGUCCAAAGUUCGUCUUCUCUGUUAAGGUAACAACAGGAAGUGUUCCAGUCAGCAUGGCAUCCGUGAUCAUCCACAUCCCUCAAUACACCAAAGAAAAGAACCCGUUGAUGUAUGUGACUGGGGUGCACACAGAUCAGGCUGGUGACAUCAGUUGUAAUGCUGAAAUAAAUCCACUGAAAAUAGGACACACAGCUUCUUCUGUAUCUUUCAAGAAUGAAAAUUUCCGGCACAUUAAAGAAUUGAACUGUAGAAGUGCUACGUGUGGCAAUGUUACCUGCUGGCUGAAAGACCUUCAGGUCAAAGGAGAGUACUUCCUUAAUGUGUCUACCAGAAUUUGGAAUGGGACUUUUGCGGCAUCAACUUUCCAGACAGUACAGCUGACCGCAUCUGCAGAAAUAAACACCUAUAACCCUCAGAUAUAUGUGAUCGAAGAAAACACAGUCACGAUUCCCAUUACGAUAAUGAAACCCCAUGAGAAAGCUGAAGUACCAACUGGAGUUAUAGUAGGAAGUGUAAUUGCUGGAAUCGUUUUGCUAUUAGCUCUGGUUGCAGUUUUAUGGAAGCUUGGCUUCUUCAAAAGAAAAUAUGAAAAAAUGUCCAAAACUGCGGAUGAGAUUGACGAGACCACAGAACUCAACAGCUGAGCCCCACGGCGGUCUCACUGCAACGUGAGCUGUGGCAGCACAGCCAGGGUUUGCUGUUUGCGUGAAUGGAUUUGUUUUAAAUCCCAGUGCUUUAUGUGUAAGCGGUAAAACUCGCCUGAUACUUUAUGAAAACUGCAGGUCAGUUUGGGAAG